CACUUCUUCUGUAGGCCUAAGCUAACUUUAAUAAUAAUUUGUUUUGGAGUUGUAUUUCCUGAAUUUGCGAUAGAUGGCUAAAUUGGUCUGUUCCGUUUCCGGAGUGAAUGAUAGCGAAUUAUGAGGAUUCUUGUUUGACGAAGAGAAACAUAUUCUCUUCUAUUCAUCAUUUCAUCAUUUAACAUGUUUCGUCCAGAUAAAGAGCUUACAUCAGGGAUGAUGGCAUCACAGUCCCCAUCACAAAUGGCAGGUUUUACUGCUGGCACAAAUUUUUAUGGUCAAGGCACCCUGCCAUUACCCCAGAGAGCAAUAGGAGGUAACCACUUUCGAAGUGGGAAUAGUGCAGGCCACAUUACACCAACCAGUAUGAAUCCUGGCUUUUCCAUGGGUCUUCAGCAACAGCAACAACCUCAGCAACAGCAACAUUCUCCUAACAGUUUAGCUGCCAUUGGUCCUCGAAGUGUUUUAGGGGCACAAAGUCAAGCCAAUCAAGCCAGUUUAGCAAGUUUGCAGAAGCGGGCUUUCAAUUCAGGGCCAAUGCAAAAUUUUGCAUCUAGUUAUGGUUUUGGUGGCACACGUUCACACGACUCCCAUCCGGCAAUAGAUUUGUCAGAUUUUCCAAUAUUGAGUAGUAGAUCUUCGGCAACUCCAAAUCCUAUGCCAUCGACACGAAAUUACGUCCAACCGGUAUCUUCCGCAGUGGGAAUGGUGAGUAAACCAGCCCCAGACUCUGCGCCAGAAUUUAAUAUAACACAAGAAGAAUUCCCUGCUCUUCCAGGAGCUCAGAAUCCAUCUGUGCAAUCAGGAGAUGUAAGAAAUGGUAAUGGUGCUGUUGUUGGGGAUCAGUUGUCUAAAGAUGCUUCCAAAGACGGAAAACAAACAUUAACACCAAAACGGGGAAUUCAGACACAUCCAGAUGGUACGAUAUCCAACAUACCUUCUGGUAUGGUCAUGGAUCAGUUUGGAAUCGUAGGACUAUUGUCUUUCAUUAGGGCAGCAGACCAAGAUGUCAACAUGGUCGCUUUGGCACCUGGAAUAGACCUGACGACAUUAGGUUUAAAUUUAAAUUCACCUGAGAAUCUCUACAGUAUGUUUCAGUCUCCUUUUGCAGAAACAGCUUGUCGGCCGCAAGAUAUUGUUAAAUUUUUUGUUCCUCCAGAUUAUCAUGUACCAGCUGAGUAUCUUACGAAUAUGUUUAUCAGAGACAAGCUAGCACCAAUCAAAUUGAACCGUUACAGUGAAGAUCUUCUGUUUUAUCUCUUCUAUAUGAAUGGUGGAGAUGUGUUGCAACUAGCAGCAGCAGCUGAACUCUAUAACCGAGACUGGAGGUAUCAUAAAGAAGAACGAGUUUGGUUAACUCGAGCACCACAGUGUGAAGUUUACAAUAAAACACAAACGUCAGAAAGAGGCACAUAUUUGUUUUUUGAUGCAAAUCAGUGGAGAAAAGUUGCAAAAGAUUUUCAUCUAGAGUAUGAUAAAUUAGAAGAAAGACCAGUAAUACCCAAUUAGCUUGUUAUAGUAAAUAAAACUUCUCACUUAAAAGUUAUAUAAGUCAUUAGAUUGUUUUUAGGAAAAUGACCUGUAGGAAUAUUUGCUGAAUCCUGAGCUAUUUGUUCUCUCUUAGUUUAGAAACACCUUUUUAUAACAUUUGCAUUUUGUUACAAUGGAACCAUUUUAUACACAGUUCUGUUUUUGUAGCUUAUUUCUAGACAAAUUAUAAUUUUUUUAAAGAAUAAUAGAAAGAAAAAAAAUCUUUGGUUAAAAUAAAAGUUGUAGGAUUCAGUAAGUUAUACCUCUAACCACACAUGAGGUCUUCAAAAAAGUAGUCUAAACACUGUUCUGAGUGUAGCUGAAAUUUCUGCAUUCAUACUUGAAACAGUUUUAACAACUGUAGUCCAACUUUGUUAUACUGCCACCACCUUUGUAAGGUUUGUGGAGCAUUGAAUUUGUUGACAAUGCUAGGCCUGCUCCUUUUCUUAUUGAUGCUGUUACUUUUCGAUGUAGCUAUUGUUACAAGACAAUAGUGUCUGACCAUUGUUGACUUGCUGGAUAUAUAACGGAACUUUGAUUAGUGUAAAUGACUUAGAAUUUUUUUUUUCAAUGUAAGAUAAUGUUUAUAAGAAUGAAAAUGUGUGCAUGAAGUGAAAAUGGAUGAGAAGAAUACAAAUUAUAUGUUGUCUGUAAACUGGCUUUUGUUGU